GAUCGCCGUCUCCCUCAGUGAUCAGUUCUGAAGAGUUCAAAAAAAUGAGAGUCUCCGACAACGAAGAAGUUUUGGAGCUCAUCGGCUGCGUUGGCUGCGGGGAUGCCUUCCAGACAUCAUCUCAACUCGAAAUCCAUCUCGACACCUGCCCAGGCCUCAUAUCAGGGAACGAGUACGAGCCUUCGCGUUAUUCGAAUCAUUUUCUUGUGUGCGCUCGCUGCCCGGAAUUGGACUUCGUCAAUCGUAGUGAGCUCAUCCGACAUCUGAAGGUCCAUCGGAAUCAAAAGCGGAGAAGAUGCGUAUGUCGGCGGCGACCCUGCCACUGCUUGAAACGUCGUAUCCCAAGGCGAUCGAAUUCGUUCAGCGGAACAUACACGCGGUGGGAUCGCGACCCAAGUUCGUCUCAACAGCUGCCACUGUGUAGUGAAUGCUUCGAUAAGGGUCUCCAGUUUGGGGCUAAAUCUUCCAAAUGCGAAAACUGCAAUCGGGGACACGUCACGAAUCCUCUGCAGUGAGGAGGUUAGAAGAAUGGUAGCCGACGACGCGGGGAAAAACACCAAAUCGCAGGUCUUGACGUCCUGAGAUCUCGACGCUUCCCGGCAUAUUCCGAAAGCUGUGGGGCAGAAGGCAGACUCUAGAUAAGAGUCGCGAAGCGCAACCCUUUUUCGGCGAAAAUCGUGACACGAACAUCGCCCGACUUGUUGACAAUGGAAUCGACGGGGAAUCAGGCACGGAUGACGUUCUAUGGAGAGUCAUCAUGCGUGCGCGUAGGAGUUCAGGUCAUUGAAAUUUACCGGCAGAUUGUGCGAACGAUUCCGGAAUUUCCGGAAAAUUAUUCUUCACCGACCAUAUCCCGUCAUCCAACCCUUGAGAGCCGAAGUCCCUCAGAGAUUUUCAAAAUAUUACAUUGACUGGUCUAAAUCGACGAUUCUUGUCGCGCAUAGAGCAUCAAGGAUAAAUCUGACCAUGUGAUCAUAUUUUGGGAGAAGCAUGCACAAACUGGAUUCCUAGUGAUUGCGAAUUGAGAGAGAUUCUUAUAAAUGUGAAAUAUC